GUUCUGCCGCUUUUCACCGCUAUGGACCGAAAUCUUGGCGCCUUGGCGACUCGAAAAUUAUCGAAAAGUGUAGUUCGCAUACCCGUGAAUGUCUCCGCACGACACACUCUGAUCACAACGCAAACAUGAAAGUCGGAAAGCCAAAAUCAAAGCGCGUUCCCGUGCGCUUACGGAACAAGAUUGAAAAAUCCUCUGCAGCGAAGCAACGGAAAAAUAGGAAAGAGGCAAAGAAGAAUCCCCAAUGGCGAUCCAAGACGAAGAAAGAUCCCGGCAUCCCCAACCUUUUCCCGUUCAAAGACAAGAUUCUUGCAGAGAUCGAAGAGAAGCGCAGACUCAAGGAGGAAGAGGCUGCUCAGCGCAAACAACUAGCGAAGGAGCAGAGACUUCGCGGUGAGACUGUGAUGGAUAUAGAGGAAGGCGCAGAAGACGAUUUGGAGGAUGACGACCUUUUGGAAGAGGAGUCGGAGGAUGAGGAUUCCAUGCACGUGGAUGAAUCCAACCCCAUGGCUGCCCUUCUGGCUUCUGCGAAAGCUCGCGCUACCGAGUUUGAAAAGCAGAAAACGCAUGAUGGCGAUGCUAUGGACGAAGACGAUGACGCUGAAUUCGGUGGUUUUGGUGAAGAGGAGGAUGGCACAACCGCUGCUAGUGUUCGAAAAGACUCGUCGAGAAAAGCUUUCGACAAAGUUUACAAGCAAGUGGUGGAAGCUUCCGAUGUCGUGCUCUAUGUGCUCGACGCCAGAGAUCCAGAGGGAACUCGGUCAAAGGAGGUGGAGCAAAUGGUCAUGGCUGCUGAUGGAGGAAGCAAGAGGAUGAUUUUCAUUCUGAACAAGAUCGAUCUCGUACCACCGCCGGUUCUGCGCUCGUGGCUCGUCCAUCUUCGACGCUCCUUCCCUACCCUCCCGCUCCGCGCGUCUAAGCCUGCCCCAAACGCUAAAACUUUCGACCACAAGGAACUUACCAUCAAGGGGACAUCCGAGACGUUGUUCAAGGCGCUGAAGACGUUUGCAGAGUCACGGCAAUUGAAGCGAUCCAUCAAAGUCGGCAUCAUCGGUUAUCCCAACGUCGGUAAAUCGUCAGUCAUCAAUGCAUUGGCGUUGCGAAUGGGUGGUCGUACUGGUGCAUGCCCCGUGGGCGCUGAGGCUGGUGUCACUACUAGCUUGCGUGAGGUCAAACUCGACAACAAGCUUAAACUUCUCGACUCGCCCGGUAUUGUGUUCCCCAACAAGGCCGAGGGUAGCAAAAGCAACAAGGUUGAAGAGCGGGCAAGACUUGUGCUUCUCAACGCGGUCCCACCUAAAGAAAUUGACGACCCUGUCCCGGCUGUCAACCUGCUAUUGAAGAGACUAUCUACUUCCCCCGACCUUUUCGCAAAGCUCGUGGAGGUAUACGAUCUGCCCCCAUUGCACCACGUCAACGGCGACACGACCACAGACUUUUUGGUACAAGUCGCGAGAAAAAGAGGACGAUUGGGCAAGGGAGGGGUACCGAACCUGCACAGUGCGGCACUGGCCGUCGUGACGGAUUGGCGUGACGGGCGCAUCCAAGGAUGGACCGAUCCACCAAAGCACGUUGCUACAGUCGUGAAGUCCAGCAAGACAGCCCCUGCUACGAAAGGCGUUGUGGGCGACCAAAAGAAGAUUGUCAAGGAGUGGUCAGCCGAGUUCAAGCUCGAAGGUCUCUGGGGCGACGACGAAAGCACCGAAGUGGAUGCAAUGGAGACAUAGCAGGAGCACGCUGGACAAAAGUGUGGUAUAUACGUGAGACUGUUGUGGCAAUCGGCGUUCAAAAAGGGCAUUGCAACCUGACAUUUUCGAGUUUCGCUCGGACGAAUUUAUGAUACCAAUCUGAAUUGAGACUCACCUUUCCAGACAUUUGCUAAGAAUGAGCAUCUGAGUGAAGUUUGCACGUUGCGUACAAGGGGACAUGGUUCCUCGUUCUCACUUACCCUUUUGGGUGGUGGUAUCUGUCAGAACCGUUUUUUUGAAUUUAACCUCGAGCGCUUGCUCCACCAAAGAGACC